UCUUUCACACAUCCCUCAAAAUUUAUAAUAUCAAACAUGAACACAGAAAGUGUUGACAAACUGAAACAUUCAGCUGAAACAGGUAACAUAGAUCUACUCUAUGAAGUAAUUCAACAUGAUCCGUAUAUUUUGGAAUUCAUAGAUAAUAACACCCAAUUUGUAGAAACUCCUUUGCAUAUAGCUGCAUCUAUGGGCCAACUCGAGUUUGCCAUUGAAAUUAUGAAUUUGAAACCUUCAUUUGCUACCAAGCUAAAUUUGCAAGGAUACAGUCCCAUUCAUGUUGCUAUGAACCGCCUCCGUCCUGCUAUGGACAACCCCAUAGAUCCUGAUAUGGCUAGCAACAUAAAUGUGAUGGUGUCUAAAUUGGUUGGCAUCAAUAAAGAUCUUGUUAGAGUUAAAGGAAGAGAAGGCUUGACUCCAAUGCAUAUUGCGUGUCAAAAUGGCGAGGUUGAUCUUUUAGCUAAAUUUCUCAAUGCUUGUCCGGAUUCCAUUGAAGAUGAAAAUGUGAGUGGUGAGUCUGCUUUGCAUAUUGCUGUGAAGUCUAACCAGAAUUAUGCCCUUAAAGUACUACUUGGCUGGCUUAGAAAAAAUUAUCAGAGAGGUGCUGGAAUGCUGGAAACUAAAAUACUGAACCAUAAAGACAAAGCAGGCAACACGGUUUAUCACAUUUCAGCACUUAGUGAUGAUCCAGAGUUUCUUGCAUUGCUGGUACAACACUUCGCUCAAUUUCCAGCAAAGUUCGGAAUAGAGUUAAAUGCACUGAAUUUGAAAAACCAAACAGCAGUAGAUUUAGCAAGCACUCCACAGAAGAAGAAAAUGUUGGAAAUAUUUGGAGUAAAAAAUGGAUCAAAAAUCACUAAGGAUCUGACACCUGCAGAAGAACUAAGUUCACAAACCUCAGCUUUUGAUAACAUCAUAACUGGCAUGCGUAGAAUUAGAAGGAAUAUAUCUGAGGAGCAGCGUAACACUUGGUUGAUAGUUGCGACUCUUGUUGCAACUGCAACCUAUGAAUCAGCAUUGAAUCCUCCUGGUGGAGUUUUCCAGGUUAGUUCUAGUGAUGACAACAAUGUGAAAAUCAAGUCUACAGAUUUGUAUUAUUCUACCCGAGGAAAUGCUGGGAAAUCGAUCUUGUCAAAAAAUAGUUUCGCCGUGUUUUCAUCAGCGAAUUUGAUUUCCUUUGCUACAUCAACUCUAGUAAUGAUUAUUCUGACCCCAAGUGAAGCAUUAGGAGACCAACUAUUUGGUACAGUUCUAUGGUUUGGUGUUUGCUAUCUAACUGGUUUGCUUGCGAUAUCUCCUACACAUGCCAACUCCAUUAUUCUGUACAUCCUGAUCUCUUUCAUUGCAUUUGUCGUGAGUAUUUUUUGGAUAUUUUCCGAGUACUUUGGUUAUAAGCAAUCUAAGAAAAUAAUGCAAUCUCUCCGCAAUCUAUUAAGUAAAUAAGUUUUCUCAACAAUCUAAGAAGUUGAUAAGUUUUAUUGAAUUUAUGUCUUUUUUUUUCUUUUCUAUUUUAUGUGUACUAG